UCCGUCCUCCCGCGAAUCCCUCGCCGCCGCUCGCUGCAGCACAGCGGCGCAACCACCUCGUGCGCCUCCGGUACUAAGGACACGCGAGAAAUGGCGCAGCCGUCCCCCCUCUCGCCCACCCUGCCCUUCGUCUUCGCCUGCGAUGGGAUCCGCGGCGUCGACCGACAGGGCCGAGCGGCGGAGGCGGGACCGGCCGCUGGGUCAAGGCGACGCGUCCACCGCGGGGCCCCUGGUGACGAUUCCGGAGGAUACGGAGGCCGCAGAUGUUACGAGAAGGGGGUGUAAGGUGUCACCGGAGCCGAAGGAGGGUGGAGAGCCGGCGGCGGCGCAGCCGGGAUCUCCAAGCUUUAGGAUCUACUGCCAGGAUACGUCCCGAGUCGACGCCCUGGUGGCCGCCUCCGACGCCGCCGACGACAGGGACGAGCUCGCCAGGGCCACGGAGGCGUCUCUGGCGAUCAGGAACAACGAUCUUGCAGGCGGCUCCGACGAGCUGUCCAAAUCCAAGGAGCAAAGCGGGUGGAUGAAGUUCAGAGGCCUGGCGCUCGUCGACGCGCUGUACAGCUUGAUCGUCUGCCGCAGCAAGGCAGCUUCAGCUCACAAUCCUCCUCAUCCUCAUCCUCCUCCUGCUGCUGUUGUUGCUGCAAAACCUGAUCAACCCCAUGUUGUUUUGCCACCUAGACCUGCUCCUCCACGACCCUUUUUCUGAUCAUUCAGUAGCGUGUAAAAUGCGGCUGAUUCACUCACCUCCUGUACUUGAUCCUGGCCGUCGUUUGUAAGCUGACCCUGCAUAUGAGCAACUAACUGAUUUCGUCUGUGA